GUACAGACAUGAAAUUGCUCAUGAUGGUCAAAGGAUUUAUAUCCUGGGAGGUGGAACUUCCUGGACUGCUUAUUCCUUGGAUAAGAUCCACGCCUACAACCUGGAGACCAACACCUGGGAGGAGAUCACCACAAAGCCCCACGAGAAAGUCGGCUUCCCAGCAGCCAGAAGAUGCCACAGACUGGGGGUGGGCAGGGAAAGGUUUUUCCUGAGGCUUUUUGAACUUUUUCAGCUCGCUUUGCACCCACAAUGAGCUGCAGCAAAAACUUACCCUGUGGAUGUCAGAGCUCUUUGAACCUGCUCAGCAUCUCCCAGAUUUUGGUUUGCCUUCCUCCCACACAUCCCAAAAAUUGGCUUUUUUUUCUUCUUGUUUCAUGUUCCCCUGAGGGUGGGAGAUGUGACUCAAAGCUGGUUUGGGAAUGGCUUUGUGGGUCACACAGCAUCCAAAAAGGGGAGAGGGAACAACUGUCCCUCCUUGUGGGGACAGGCAUUGUCUGUGCACAGGAAGGGGUGGCUCUGCUCCUCUUGUGCUCUCUACACUGCAUUUGUUUAAGUGGCCACUGAACUCUGAACAGCUCCAGGCAUGAGGUUUGUGCAAAAUCCUUUUCAGUUGGAGCCCAUUUUUAAGUGCCUUUUGUUUUUAAAAUCAGCUUUUCCCAAUGCUUUCUUCUUCAUCAGAGGCAGAGGUUACACUCUGAGGUUUUAGUUUCUUUUUAAGAAAUUGCAUUUAUGUUCAAAUAAACCAUAGCAUUGUCUUCAUGUUGUUAAUCCAAA